UGAAUAAAGCAACCCUGAAGUUCCCUAAUAUAAAACUGAAGAGGAUGAAAGCUGUUAUACCCUCUUCACUUGACAAGUCUAGUCUAAAAAUUCCCAAAGAUUGAGCAGAGAAGUCUCAUUUAAAUAAGAAAAGCCUGUUGAAGAAUAGGAAGACUAUUCUCUUCAAGAUGCAUGGAAAUAAGAUGCCUCUCCACUCAUUCUCAAAGGAGAAGGAUGAUUCAAAUUCCACACUCCAAGCAAAAAUGAAGCCGGCUCUGAAUAUAGAUUCCAAAAAGGAUCAUUUCCAGACUAGAGAUGUAGGAAUCGGGCCUGAGACGAAUCACUCUGAAAACAGGGAAACCAGUACAGGUAGUAAAUCAGUUGCCAAAAAACUUGAAGAAAGGAAACUAAGUAAAUUUUGUCAAGCAAUGAAGGAUGCUGGGUACAAAAACAAGAUAUUUCCAGCUGAGAGGAUAAACAAUACUUUUAAAUAAAUUCAAACAAAUUCUAAAAUCAAGGUCUGUCCUCAGAACUCGAGUCAAAGACAUCGAAAACCAGAGUUUCCACAGAAGUACUUACCAAUCUGUAACAGCCAAGCCUCCCAACUCUUUUCUCCCCAACCACCGACUUCUACCACAAAGGCAUGCUCCUCUUGAGAGGCCAUCAAUGAUCCAAAACAGGCAUUAUAGUGUUGAUAAUACACAGGAAAGUGUAAAAAAUAUGGAAGAAGAAAGAAUUGGGCCGAUUAAUCAUUACUUGAAAAAUGUCAAUCACAAACUUCCUAUUAAUGAAAUCAGAAGAGAAUUAGUUAAGAGACUAAUACACAAUACAGAUUAUAAAUAGAGAUGAUUCAGAUAUUAAUCCUACAAAUGAAUAUGGCUUCGUGCUUGAUUUGAAGAAAAACUAUUUUCGCCAUAAAAAUUCUAUUAGCGGAGAUAAUAGCAGCGACUACUCCCAGCGCCCACUCCCUUCAAACUCCAAAUCCACUUCUAAAACCCGUUCAAAAUCCUGCUUCUUCAAGUACACACCUUCAAAGAUCCUAAAACGCGCUUCAACCCACGUUCUAUCCCCAUCGCCCGCCCCUUCGCCUAGCCGCUUGCCGUUCCAGAACAACCACUUAAAAUUUGCCCAGCAGCCAGAAUAAAUU